AUGAUUCCUAGAUUUCUUGUUGAGUUGCGCCUGUUGUAUCUCAACCUUUCUUUCAAUGAAAUGCAAGGUGAAGUGCCUUCUAUUGGAGUUUUCCAAAAUGAAAGUGCAAUCUCACUUCAAGGGAACCUAGACUUGUGUGGAGGUGUUGAAACCCUACAUCUUCCUUCAUGUCCAUCCUCACAAAAAUCAAAGAAGAAAGGUUUAGAUAAAAUCUUGAUACCAACUAUCGUCGGAGCCAUAUGCCUAGCGCUCGCAGUGUGCUUAUGUUUGAUCAUUAUCUACAAGCGACGUACACUGCAAAAUAUUGGAACCCCAAUAUUCCAACUUCCUGACAUUUUGAGGCUAUCCUAUGGAGAUCUCUUGAAUGCCACAAAUGGAUUCUCCGAGACAAAUCUAGUUGGUGCAGGUAGAUUUGGAUAUGUGUAUAAAGGAACUAUCAAUGAAGAUGAUGAGCAGACUGAUUUGGCAGUGAAGGUUCUUAAUCUUAACACACGGGGAGCUUGUAAGAGUUUGGCAUCAGAAUGCAAUGCAUUGAGAGGCAUACGACACAGAAACUUGCUCAAGAUUGUGAGUGUGUGUGACAGCACUGAUUUUCAAGGGAAUGAUUUUAAAGCCUUGGUGUAUGAAUUUGUGGCCAACGGGAGCCUUGAGAAGUGGUUGCAUUCUGACAAUGAAGGCAUGGGAACUCUGCCUCUAAGUGCUAUUCAGAGACUGAAUAUUGCUAUUGAUAUUGCAUCUGCAGUCGAGUAUUUGCAUUGUGGUACUGAGUCCAUAGUUAUUCAUGGAGAUUUGAAGCCGAGUAACAUUCUCUUGGAUCAAGACAUGGUCGCCAAAGUUGGUGAUUUUGGUUUAGCCAAAAUCGUUUCAAGCAUUUCACAGAGCUUGCCAUCCACGGAAGGAAGCAGUUCAUCAGCAAUAAAGGGUACCAUAGGCUAUAUUGCUCCAGAGUAUGGCAUGAGCUACGUUGCAUCAACUCAAGGGGAUGUAUACAGUUACGGAGUUCUUGUGCUUGAGUUGUUCACAAACAAAAGACCAACAAGUGAUGCAUUCGAAGGGUGUCUAAAUCUCCAAGACUUCGUUAGCACAGCUUUAACCGACUGUGUAAUGGAAGUAGUGGAUCCAUUUCUGCAUCAAGAACUUAAUGUGGCUGAAAAGUAUUGGGAUUGCAUUGUUUCAAUUCUGAGGAUUGGAGUGAGAUGCUCGAAGCAGCUUCCAAGAGAUCGCAUGUCAAUGGCAGAGGUUGUUAAUGACUUGAAAAAGAUAAGAAAUGUGCUUCCUAAAAUGCUGGAUGAUCAUGGUGAGUGGAAGUGGGGCGCGUUCAGACAUUUCAUCUCGUCGGAAGCAGCUGCCGUAAUUGCUGGUAUUAGACCUCCAUAUGAGGAAGUUGGGGCUGAUUUAUGUAUUUGGAGAUGGGAGAAGAAUGGUAAGCUAUCAGUGGCUAGUGCAUACGAAUCUAAAAUGCUGGAUGAUCAUGGUGAGUGGAAGUGGGGCGCGUUCAGACAUUUCAUCUCGUCGGAAGCAGCUGCCGUAAUUGCUGGUAUUAGACCUCCAUAUGAGGAAGCUGGGGCUGAUUUAUGUAUUUGGAGAUGGGAGAAAGAAUGGCAAGCUAUCAGUGGCUAG